UUUUUUUUUUUUUUUUCUGUCGAUUGUUUUAUGUCGUUUUACUAUUUAAGUCGCAUUUUUCGACUUUGAAUGUCAUUUCAUGUUUUUUGUCAUCCUCAUUUCUCUCGUAGCCCCGUUGUCUGGUCAUAAUGCAGAGUGCUCCGUUUGCGAAGUGAAAGGGGAAAACCGAAAACAGUGCUAUCAUAAGAAUAAUUAUGUGUGACUGAUAAUUGACGGGGAAGCAGUGUUUCUGCCUUCAUGAAAGUAAAAUUAAUAUUUAUCGACUUCGAAGGCUGAUACAUUGCUACUCGAUCGAAAAUGCGUCAGUUAACUUCACUCUGAGACUAAUACCACCACGACUUCUGGAAAAAAGUGAUAUUCAAUUAUCUUCUGUUUGUAAAAGUCAAACAUCUUAGAAGGUUAGCUAUGGAUCUCAAAAACAAGAACGUAAACAUUUAUGCCCAGUAAAUUCAUGUUCCUGAAUUAUUCCAUCUCAUUUUGAAGCGAGACGUUGGACAUUCUCGCUUUCCACUGUUUCUAGUCACGGUCGUCUCAGUCAUCUCGGUAGGAUUUUAAAACGAAGGAACUCUGUUGCUAUGGACAGAGGAGCCUACGCUAAAUUGUCUCAAGACGAUGAUCCAGUCGAGCCUGAAGCGAGAAAUCAAGGAGCGUACCCGAGAGAUGAAGGUUUGCGUAUUGACUACGUCUUGGUGUACGAGACCUGUAAAGAAGAGGAGAACGAACACGAACAUAAGAAGAAGGAGGCGGAGAAACUUGAAAACUUAAGAAGAUCGUACGAGAAAGGACUUGAAAAGAAAGGUCUUAUUAUACGGCAAGAUAGCAUUACUGUGAAAAAGGUAUUCUUAGUCUAAAAUAUCAAUUUUUUUGGCUGUAGUAGCGCUCCCCUUUAUGAAUGUUCACGUUGCGGAUCUUAUUUAGUCCUUAAUUUAUUUUACUUAUUACUUCAUCUUUCGUUCACUCGGGUGCCAUUCUCAGUUUAGACUCCUCAAAUAUAGUCCGUGAGUGAACUCUUAUCAGAUGAUAUCGAGCAAAACUGAGUCACUUUUUUUAUUUGCAAGCAUGCCAAUCUAUCUAUCUAGACAAGACAAUUAAGUAGAAGUCAUUAAUGAUUAUGGCGCGUUCCCUUAGCCACCUUUCCUGGACCAAGCAUACCAGUUUUCUUUUUUUUGUUACAGGCUAUCACGUGUCUUUUUUUUUUAUGUCUCUUUGGUUGGUUUGUACAUUGGAACUCCUAUUAACAGAGGAUCGCGGUAUAGCCGUUAUAGCAAAUAAUACCAUUUAUGCUUCAUCAUCUUCCUGGGCAUAUCAAGUCAAUUGUUGAUGCUGGCGGAGUCUUAAUUUGUGCGCAUGAGCUCUGUUUGCUGGGGUUUAAAAUAAUGAAAAAUCCAUACUUGGAAAAAUUUGGCCAGUGCGUGGCCUUUUAUUUGAUUCAAACAAAUUAAACUAGGAAGAUCCAGAUAACAACAACAUUUUCCCAGCAAAGGUGAGAUCAUGCAGCUGUACCUGCCCUGGUCUGGAGAAAAGUAGGGCAAAGGGAGGGAAGAGAGGGAAAGAUGUUUUCUUACUUCCUUGUCAGUCAAAGGGGGGGGGGGGGAAGGGGGGGUAAAAUCCUUUGUACUUCCUAUGUCAGCCAAAGCGAGGUAGGAGAAUAGAAAAUUUUUUUCUAACUUCCUUUUCACAGUUACCAUGGAGAGGCUUCGUGCCACUCACUGUAUAUGUAGUUAGCCGGAGAAAUGCAAUAUUCCGCUUCUUCUUUAAGCAGAAAACCGGAUUUUAUAUCUAAAAAAAAAUAAAGAAUGACACACCAGAUAACAAAACUAGUUACCCCGCAAAGGGGAGAUCAUGCAGGGGUACCGCCCCGGGGCUGGAAAAAAGGAGGGGAAAGGGGGGGAAGGGGGGGAAAGAUGUUUUUUUACUUCCUUUUCAGUGAAAGGGGGGGGGGGGGAAGGGAGGGUAAAAUCCUUUGUACUUCCUAUGUCAGCCAAAGCGAGGUAGGAGAAUAGAAAAUUGUUUUCUAACUUCCUUUUCACAGUUACCAUGGAGAGGCUUCGUGCCACUCACUGUAUAUGUAGUUAGCCGGAGAAAUGCAAUAUUCCGCUUCUUCUUUAAGCAGAAAACCGGUUAUUUCAUUUUCUUUGCCCAGUGAAAUGUAUGAAAAAAAACCCUACCAGAUACAAAGACCUUGAUAUUAUUUCUUCCUGAUUGUCUUGUUAUGCUAAACCUACUACCUCUGAAUUUCUGGUUCUGAAAGAACUGGACUUCUCUGUACUUCGUCGUUAAGGCAUACCAAUGACUCAAUCAUGCAGUAACUGAUGAAGUAAUGCAAUAAAUAUAUGAAUAAAUAAAUAGAUACAAAUAACUAAACUUCUUUACGUGAGCAGAAUUUCUAAAACCCUAUUUGUUUACAUUGUGAACCGAAACUUGCCUAAAAGGAAUUAAGACAACUAUCUAAAAUAACAAAUUGUUACCAAAGAGAGUAAGAUGGAUAAAAUGGAUUGAUACAGUGACUGUUAAAAAAUGUAAUGUACGUGUUACAAUUCUAACGAGCUACUAUUUUAAAAUUUCCCAGUUCUACCGUGUAGUCUAACAUCAUAUUCUUAAGGAGUUUUUGGCUGGUUUUUAUACUCAAAGGUGAGUUCCACUUAUGAGAAAGAUCGUCGGCGUUGAUUUCGAGCGAAAUACUAUUUGAUUUAACACAUUCUCGAUCGACAAGAGUUAUAGCAGUUACAAUGGUUUUUUUGUCAAUAACAAAUUCCAUAUUUUCUGGCGAUGAUGCCAUUGAGAGCAAACUACCACCUGCUGCGGCUUUACAACAAAGCAAAGGACGCAAGGGAAGCCUUAAUAUAAAGGUCAUCUUGAAAUUUCAUAAUACUAUUGGUGGUUUUUAAUGCCGUGCCAUCAAACAUAAAAUGAAAUCGUUCCAUUCAAAACACAAAAUCCAGAAUCCGGGAAAUGAAAGGAGAUAAACAUGAAAAAAGCCUCUCCAAGAAUAAGAUCUGUGUGAUUUUCCUUAUGCGAGAUUCUUGGCAUUGUAUGGAGACGACAUGUUAGUGUCCAAAACAUGGCAGCCGGAGACCAACUGAAACACCUGUGUGAAUUUUGCUAAAAAGGUGUGAACUCACCAUGGCGAAGUUAUGAAGGUUGAAAUUAUAUUAAUUCUGAGACAACUAAGGAUUAUUCACAUAGCGAACUUUCAAAAGAUCGCUGACUUUUUUUAAACCUACAUGACAGCUUCCUCGCCCUCGCAGCCACCAAAAUGCCACGUCACAAAAAGGCUUCGAAAUUCAAGCGUAUUCUGUCGCAAAACGAAGAGCCCUUUCGAACCGAAACCUGUUUAGCUGCAGCAAUAAAUCAUGAAAACAAUGAAUUGAUAUUCUUUAGCUACAGAGGAACCUCCAUUCAGACAACACCAUCGGCACCAAGGCAAGUCUACAUUGAAUAGAGGUUCGGCUGGGGUUUGUUGAUAAUUUAAACUAACAGAUAAAAUAAUUGUCUUUUUUGUCUUCCUCGUAAUCUGCUGCAGCCAUAAUAUUUCAAGGAGUUAGAUAAUGUAUAAAAAACAUGAUUAGAUUAUCUCCUCGAUGUUGUGUGUUGAAUUCCUUCAAGUGCAGUACAUUAAUUUACGUGAGAUAGUUCAUGUUUUGAAAGCUGUCGCCAUUGUUACUAAUGUACACUUAAACUUAUAAAUGUUUUUUGUGCCCAGCCACUUUCUGAGUGCUGAGGUGUCUCCUAAGUGGAGGUUAAACCUUGGUUUCGGAACCUACAAAGUAAAAAGUGCCCCAUUCCCCUGAAUAAGAAAGAUUAUGUGAACAUUUUUCAGGAACAAGUUUUUGUGUCCCCUGAAUGGAGGUGUCUCAAAGGAGAGGUUCCAUUGUUGCUGAAUUUUGGUGACGUCAAGUGAAAACCAAGAAGAAAUUUAGCCAAGCCUUUAAGCUAAGGUUUUGCUCAUAUGCUGGUAAUUUACUUAAAACAAUUAAGUGUCGAGAACAGUUGACGUAAAUUUCCCUUAUCACUGUCUUUAGGGCCCUGACGUUCAACGCCAUUUUGUGUUAAUUCAUGCGACGUGGGAAUUUUUGUCUAGGCGGGCAGAAAAGAUGAGAUUGAAGAUUCCCCUUCAACCAAACGACGUAGAAUUUCCAUCGCUUUUGGAGUCAUGGUGUGGUCCAAAACGAAUUGAAGCCCUUAAGCGUUGCGAUCCAUUACGUGUACACGAUGCAACAGUCAGAGAAAAGGGAGAUUAUUUUGUGGGCCGUUUCCAACAAGAACAGUUGGAGAAGUACAUCAACUACGAGGAUAAGGAUAUUUUCUUUAGUACUGUAGAUCGAAUGUACAUGGUCCAGCAGAUCCUGCAAAAUACCCGCUUCUCCGAGGAGCCUCACUGCGUUGGUCUCAAUAGGCUGGUCUUAGAUGGUGCAUACACCUCGCAUUAUCCUUUGCACGAAGGAACGGCGAAACUUGAGGAAGGAGAAUUCCCUGUGAAUGACCGCCAACGCUUGAAAAGUGACUGGGCAAGAUUAUUCGGCCAUGAAAUUGGUCUGUACUUUGCCUGGCUUGGGUUCUACACGGCCAUGCUGGUUCCACUCGCUAUCUUCUCUUUGAUUGUCUUCUUGUACGGCAUCUUAUCUCUAGGCUCGUUUAUUCCUGUUCAAGACGUGUGUAACGAAAGGAAUGAAGGUGUCUGGUACAUGUGUCCUCUUUGUGAUAGAGAGUGCAGCUACUGGAGCCUAGCUACUACCACUUGUCUCUAUGCCUCCAUAACUUACAUCUUUGACAACGAUGGCACCCCUGUUCUCGCCUUUGUUGCGUCUAUUUGGGCCACCCUCUUUCUUGAGUUCUGGAAGCGUCGACAAGCCUCUAUAGCCCAAGCAUGGCACACGAAAGAUUUCGAAGCUGAAGACGAGCCACUUCGCCCCGAAUAUGUCAGUUCUCUAACCAAAGAAGAACUUGAUCCAUUCAGACCUGAUCCAGACACUGGCAAGAUAGUGUUUAGGGCUAAAAGAAUGAAGCAGAAUCGUCGUUUUGCAGUGGUUGCUAGCGUGGUCACAUUCAUGAUUUGUCUGGUGCUAGCUGUUGUGAUCGGUGUAGUGGUGUUUCGUGCGGCUGUCUUUGCCACCCUGAGUAGCAGUUCAGAGCGAACUGUUCAGAGUAGUGCUCAAAUACUGACAACGGGUAUAGCUGCGUGCAUUAAUCUAGUGGCCAUCACCGUGUUGAAGAACGCCUACAACAAAAUUGCUGUUUGGCUGACCAACUGGGAAAACCCUAAAACUCGUACCAUCUAUGAGGACAAUUUCACAACAAAAAUGGCUCUUUUCCAGUUUGUAAACACCUUCUCGUCUAUUAUUUACAUUGCAUUUUUCAAGUCUGAUCUUAUUGUUGGCACACCAGGAAGAUACACCAGGGUUUUUGGAGAGUAUAGACUGGAAGGCUGCAGCGAGGAGGGAUGCUUCUUAGAACUCGCCAUUCAGAUUGCAAUUCUCAUGAUCGGCUUGCAGAUUGUCUCCAACAUUCUGGAAGUUGGCAUUCCGUAAGUAUCCCUGGAAAUGGGAAGAUAUAUACAGUUAAGAAUUACUGUAUUUUUGGCGGUGAAACUGAGGUGAUGGCCGUGUGUAGUUUACUCGUCUCUUGGCUCCGCUUAAAAAAAAUAAGGUAGUAGGGUAAGGGUACGCGACAACGGUUUAGAUCUCUAGAAAUGCAUUCUAAAAGGUGCUUUAAAAUUUGUAUUUUUUCAGUCAUCCUAGCUGAACUUGAGUCUUUUUGAACAGUUACAAGGGCUUCAGUAUUAUUUUCCCGAAAAUUUUUAGCCGCAAUUUAACAUACUAGGAAAGUGAGAAUUUUUCUGAUUCCUCUCUCCAUCGCAUUUUUAAAUGUGAAAACUUAAGGUUUCCUUUUUUCUAUGAAAAAUAGCCUAACCCUGGGAGUGAAUUGUGAAAAAUUAAACUUUAGAAAAUCGUAGAAAUUUAUAAGAUAAGCUUCGAAAAUUGUGCAUGGAAUGAUAAUCUUGAACUUUUUAGCUGUCCUCAAGUAAUAGAAAAUUCUAGGCAAUAUUUGCUUCUCCGAACAGAUAUGAUAGAGAAAACAGUCGUUCGGUGCCCCUGAGUAACUACAAGGUCUGAAUUUCAAAAGGCCAGAUUUUACCCUUCGCCUAGGGCUGUGCACAUGCGUCAAGCAUUUGCCUUUCCACGGGGAUGGUAGUGUGUACCUUCUUGCUGAAUUUGGUCUUGAUUUCCACAGUAUGAAAAUUGCCUGACGGAUUUGCCUAGUUUAAUAAACAAUUAAAUGCGAAAUGGAUGCCUGUAUGGGACGUGAAUUUCGUUUUCGGUAGAUAAUUAUUGUCUUCUUGUGAUCUUAAAGUCAAAGUCUAAGUCUUGGAAUUUGCUGCUUCAAUGAAGCAGCCCAGACACUUUUCAGAUGUCGUGUGUAUAUUUUUUUGGUCCAGAUUCAUUGCUUUUCUUGAAGGGUUCUGUCUAGGGUAUUUGAGGGGUACCAGCUUCCCCCAAAAAAAUAUUGUUAUCAUUACAGUAUAUAAGUAGCUAUAUCGGAAAAAUUAUCCAGAAGUGACGAGGUCAUGAUCAGUGCACAUGAAGUAAGUAUUCCUUGUCUAAGGACACCAUAUAAAAAGAACGUGUGGUCACAAGUAAAAAAUAAUUAAAUAAAAUGCCACUGUAACAUAAGUCUCAAAAUUGUGUCUCAAAAUACACCAGAUUACAUCUCAGCGCAUAUUCAUUUCAAAAAAAUGCCGGGGAGCAUGCCCUCGGACCCCCCUAGGAAGCUCGUGGCCACGAGGGACUUCUUUCCCAAAGGAUAAAUCCCAGAAAGAGCCCUGUGUUGUAUUAUUUUUUCCCGGCAAUUCCCGGAGUCAAGUGACUUUUACAACAUUCGAUAUAGAUAGGACAUUUUUGUACUAAAAUAUCUCAAUCCUUCUGUUGAAAAACCCUGGAAUCAUUCAGUUUAAGAAAGUGCGCCGGACACACUAAGUGAGAAAAAAUGCCUACAUAUAAAAAAUCAAUGAAUGUUCGUCACCAUUAACUCUAGUCACAAGGUCCACACAAAUUAUAGUAUUGGGCCUUGUAUGCGAUAUUUCACGCAACAGCUGUGGAAGCGAAUAGUAGAGACAGCUUGGCCGAUCCUUGAGGUAUGGAGAAAGGUCAACCAAAAGAAGAAAGGGGUCAUAAAAUUAAAUCGUUUACCGAGAGACAGACCAUUGACGUUAACAGGAAAAUCAAGGAGGCAUUCACAUAAAACGAUCCUUAGUAGAGAUGACGGUUCUGCACUACCUGUGAUUUUUAGCCAUAAAAGAGUUUUUAUGUAAUUGCUUACUUCAGUAGUAUUAAAAUCGUAAUUGUUUUCGUUAGAUUCUUUUCUUACUUAAUCUAUGUCUUUUUCUUUGGAGUACAGAUGGUUCAAGCUAUGGCUCAAACGGAAGGAAUUACAAGAGAUUAGUGACCAGCCACAGUAUAUUAAGGACUACAAUCUAAGCACACUUGAGGAUCAUUACCUAUUCUGGGACUACCUUGAGAUAGGUAAAAUGAAUAAAGAAAAUGAAAUAUGUAGCAGCAAAAAAAGACAACCUGGUAACUGAUAGGUGCUUUAUGCAAAGUGCUCGAUUUUAAAAGAUGACGCCUUGAAAUGCAUAUGUCGGUUCUCCUCAGGUCAUCAUUUCGUCACUUUGUCGUCUUGGGUAUUGGGAUAGGGGAGAAACAAUACCCUUUACUAACCGAAAAAAGGCCUCGGAAAAGUUGUCUUACAGGAGGUUGUACUUAAAAUCAAACGCCCGGCCGUCCCUCCCCGCCCUUGUCUAUCAGAUACUCUCAUUGAAGCCCAUGCAAACACAAAUCCACGCUCAAACAUCCUCCUGUUGGCGGAGGGGUUUUUGGAAGUAGAUUUCACUCAGCUUCUAUUCCAAAUAGAAGAAGAGAAGUACAUUCAUCCGUUAAUUAGUACCGGAAGUAAAACCGACCAACAAACUAACAGUCUUGCUACGCUGUUUUCAGUUCUCCAGUACGGCUUUGUAACCAUGUUUCUUGCCGCAUUUCCACUCGCCCCAAUAUUCGCUCUUAUAAACGCAGUCGCGGAAAUUCGGGUGGAUGCCAUCAACAUGGUUUCAUAUCACAGGCGGCCCCCGGUAGGGCGUGCUGAAGAUAUCGGAGCAUGGUACAGUGUACUGGAAGCAGUGACCAUCGCCGCAGUGCUGAUGAAUGCCUUUGUGUUAGCAUUCACUUCUGAGUUCAUACCAAGGCUAUUGUACAGAUUGAAAUAUGCUCCAGACCGUAAUUCAACUGGCGGGGGAACACUUAAAGGAUUCGUCAACAACAGCCUUGCUUCCAUUGAUCUUAAGACGCUAUACACGUGGGAGCCUGGGACCGAGCCCAUUAAUCCCUUUGCGAAUCUUAAUUACACCAGGGACUAUUGCAGGUAAGAUGCUAUUCUGCUUGGUUUAUUUAAGUUUUAUAAUCGCAACACUGUUAUCUCAGCACUAAUGAAAGAAUGGAUUACCUGGCCUUUUAUGCUCAAACAUACCUGCAAAUUUAUACUCUCGCAAUAGCGAAGCGGGGUGUGCGAGUGUGGUGAAGCGGAAUGUGCGCUUGCGUUAUAACUAUAACUUGCCUGGAUCAAACGUGAACAUAUCAGAAAAGAUCUUCAGUCCUAAAAACCCUUAAUAUAACUUUGUUUAAUUGUUAUGUUAAUUGGACCUCGAUACCUUGAUUAGAUCUAGAGAAUGCAAAAUUAUCAGACCAACCAGCGCCAAACACUCAGACACAAAACCUCUACUUGGCCAGCAUCUUACGCAUACACACAGCCAUGAGCCCACUGAACAACAAUGGACAUCUGUUUUGAGCUCAUUUGGGUCAUCAGCAUGACUGCAAAGGGGAGUGCAAAGAACUCCUUUAAGCGUCAAAUUUCCCAACAAGUAUAGGAAUGUUGACCGGAAAACGCACGGCAGUUCUCCCAUGAUGAUACUCCGGGAAAGUGGAUCAGUAUUGUUGCCGAUCGGUGUGCCCUUAAAUUCUAACCUAAGAAGUCUGAUACCACGCCUUCUGGCUUACAAUCGUUUCCAAUAAGGGGGGGCAAAACCUUAGUGGGCAGCUUCACCCUCCCUUCUCAACCCGUUUAAACUUUAGAGGGUCAAAUUUAUUCACUUGCUACUUGUUUAUGGGUUUACUCAGUUAUUCCAGUUACCGUGAAAGUACAUACCCGUAUGGUUACUCCAAGGAAUACUGGAAUGUUGUGGCCGCCAGACUCGCCUUCGUGAUUGCCUUUAUAUUUGUUGUGUACUCGCUCACCAGUAUGAUAGCAUGGAUUAUCCCGGAUGUCCCCGAGCAUCUGGAGUUCAAGAACCAGAGAGAGAAUCAAGUUGUUCGCGAAAAACUUGGAACGGCAAGUGAAGAUGAAAGUGAGGAGGAAGAUGGUCGUUCAGCCAAGCCAAUACGUGCUUCUGACGUCUAUUAAUGGGAUGAAAUUUAUUAUAUUUGUUGUCCAUUGUUUUGUGUGUCCCUGGUGUGGUUCAAUUUUGAUUUACUAUUCAUUCAAAAUAGUUCUCCGCUUUUGAUUGGCUCAGAUACCCUGACUAAUUCUUCAUAACAAAAAGGCACUGGAAGAUGUAGAUAAUACAUAAUCGAUAAAUAUGCGUUAUUGACCAAGUGUGAGGUCAAGAUGGCUGAAUAUUAGUCAAUUAAUAAAAACUCAAAAUAAUAAUGAGGCCAAUAUACAGCAACCUCGACCGAACAAGCUUGGUCAGAAAAAAAGAAUCUUUUCUUCCGGGACCAACGUGGGGAAUACCCAGCGGGCUGGAUGGGCCCAUCAGGGUAGCCAAUCAGAACACAAAGUUUGCUUCAUCUUGCCCACUCGUGGAUUCAGCCAUACAAUAAGAUGGUAUUUUGACCUAAUAUACAAUCACAAUCUCGUUUCCAGGCAGUGGCGGGGAAACCUAGUUGAUUUGGCCCUGACUGAACUCACGAAAAUGGCGAAGAGUCUAUGGCUGUCCAUAGACGAGAUAGCUGAAUUAUACUGACUACACCUGAACGGAAAAUCGAUGAAAAAAAAUCACCAGAUAGAUAUCAAAUUUGAGCAAUAGAAAACGUUUUCCGUGUUUGCGUAGCCCGACAGUAAACAGUAGAGGGUGAUGGGAGAAUUCGAGACGGUUAUGCAAACCCGAGACAAAGUCAAGGGUUUACAUAAUCUUUACUGCGCUUUUUAAAAACACGCAAACUCUGAAGUUCAAAAGCCAACUGAAGUUUGCGUUAUUCGCUGCCGUCAAUAAUCUCAGCGGACCUCUUAGGACAUAGGACUUUACUUAAACGGGUGCAAAAGGUCAUUGUUUGUGAUUUGUGCUUGGUGGAUUUCACUGAUCAGUUUUGUGUGUUUCUGAGUUUCAAGGUUCCUUUCUUGUGAUCGUAAUUAUGAUUGAUGGCAGCGAAAAACACGAUUGUGACACAAGCACAUGUGUAAGCAAGUGAAAACUGGGUCGACAUAAGCAUAAGUGUAAGCACAAGAAAAUUGUGCAUAUGUCGUAGCUUUGACUAGUGAAAACUGGGUCGACAUAAGCACAAGGCCGUGAACCAACCAUAGGUCACUUUGACCCAGACCUCAUGCGGACAUAUAAAAAGCAAUUUAGCGGACGCUUCGUCCGCCACCUUGUUUAUCAUCGGGUUGAGGAAAGCUGAUAUUGAGAAUUAAAUCAACUAUGCUAUUCUGCUUUUGUCCUUGUGCUUAAGGUGAUGUUACACGGGACGAUUGGCAACGACGAUUUUUAUUGCAACACAGUGUUGCAAUGCUGGAACAAUGUAGUAACCAUUCGAAACAAUGUCGCAAUAAUAUUGAAACGCUGUGUUGCGCUAAAAAUCGACAAUGUAAAUCGUCUCAUGUGACAUCACCUUUAUGCUUAUGCGUACUGGACACCCUAUGUAAGGUAAUCCAUUUAUGCUUGGAGUUCGCGUGCUUGCGAAAAGC